UCCCCUUUCGAAGAGUAAUUAAGAUAUAUAAGAUGCAAGUAUAUUGAAUAUCAAUCUUUUCUAUUUGGUGUGGUGGUAAUACUCGAUCGUUAUACAAUACCUGGCAACUGCUCGUGCCGUAGGUCUGAGGAAGGGAUAAGUGAAUAUAAAUACAGAAGGGAAACCGAACUGAUACCACAUUAUCUCGAAACCUCAAGGAACCGAGAAACAGCAUGAAGUUCUCCCGCACUCUGGUGGCGGCAGCGGCCGUGAUGGCGCUCCUCUGCCUGGCGGCGGCGGACCCCGAGGAGUAUGGUGGCGGGCGUCGGCGUGGGCGCGGGCGGGGUCGAGGAGGUCGCGGUGGUGGCGGAAAGUCGCGUCGGCGGUGGCGGCAGCGGGGUGGCGGGACGAGCUUCGGCAGCAGCAGCAGUGGAAACCUCCUGGGAGGAGGCUUCGACACCAGCAGCGGCGGCUCCUUCGGCAGCAACGUCCCCCGCGGCAACUUCGGCAGCAGCAGCGGCGGCACCUUCGACGGCUCCAGCGUCAGCUUCGGCAGCAGCAGCGGAGGCAGCUUCGGGACAGGCGGAGGCGGAGGCUUCGGCAGCACCUCUGGCGGAGGUGGAGGAGGCUUCGGGGCCACGGCUGGAGGUGGAGGCGGAGGCUUCGGUAGCGCUGCUGGAGGAGCUGGCGGUCAUGGCGGAGGUCUCGUGGAGGUUUCGGCAGCGGAACAGGAGGUUUCGGAGGCGGAGCGGGAGGCAGCGGAGGUUUCGGUGGGGAGCAGACAGCGGAGUUUCGGCGGCGGAUCGGCAGCCGGCGGAGGUUUCGGCGGCGGAUCAGGGGGCAGCCGGCGGAGGUUUCGGUGGCGGAGCGGGAGGUAG